AUUGCGAGACCCGUGAAAUUCGACUAAAAUUUUACGAGACCCAGAGCUUUUGAAGGACCAUUUGCCACCCCUUAUAUUUUAUUAGCCUUCUACAGCUUUCUACUGUCGAAUCGAGGCGAAGGUAACCCACCAUUACGACCCUCUAGGAAGUCAGUUAAAUUUGCAUAAUAAAUUAAAAAGUUGAAUUACAUCUGUAUACUUUUGCGUGAAUAGGUUAUAUAGUUUUAAGACUUAGGAAUUCCUAAUUUCCCUCGUUUGUAUCAGUUUAGCAAAUUGACGUCAGUUUUUCAUGCGUCUGCCCUGUUAUUGAUCAUGAAUUUCGUCAUAACAUUGUCAAAGUGGCUGUUGAUCCAUUAGCUUGCGAGCAGAGCUCACCUUUGAGUCACGCGCGCGAGCGGAGAGCAAAACGAUCCGACGGGAAGGAGCCUGGUAGCCUGUUCGCAGGUACGAGGCAGUAGCCGAAAGGUACUUUGACAAUGUUAUGACGAAAUUCAUUGUCCAUAAGAGGACAGAGGCAUGUAAAACUGACGUCUAUUUGUUUUUUAUGAUAACAAAUUGUUAACUUGUCCGCUCUCGCCCGUUGACGCAUCGCAUAAAUUAUAAAUUCAUGUGCCAGUCUGCUUAUUGACAAUGAAAAUUAGGCAAUGAGCGCGCGAGAAUUUAUACAGUUAUCGUAAAAAAAGGUAAACAUAGGACUAACUUGUUGGGCAGCUAAUCAAAAUCAAUUCACCUAAUCAGAAUACAUCAUCAGAUCACAAAAGCUUUGAAAUAACCUAUAAGAGCAGUGAAAUAAAUUUAAGAGACAUUUUAUAUCCUCUACGUAGGUGUCGGGUUUUCAGUCAAUAGGUCGCACGGUAUUCGCCUCUCCUCUCCCCUCCCCGACUCAGGCUAGAAUAAGGGAGCUUGGGUUCCAUAAUGAAACAAAAUGGCGGAAGAAUUUGCAGAAAAAGUUCUUCAAAAGGCUCGCGCUUUGGGGUUGAAAAUCCGCAACCGUAUCAUUUCUACGGAGGGAAAAUCCGUAAGAGUAGAUUUAGCAGAUGUAGCACUUUCUAGUGGGCUUGGUGUAAUAACGUUUCCACUUUGUUUGGGAGCUUUACAAACUGGUAUUUUUCGUCCGCUACGAAUGACUUCAAAUAUUCGCGUCAUUGGCUCUGUCUGUGGAGGCAUUUCUGUGCUUAUCUCCAGCAGUACUGCUUCGCUAGCUUUUCUUUCAAGCACUGUAAUGUUGAAAGAAGUCAAAGACAACUCAGUGAAAGUUUCGGUGGAAAAAUUCCUCUCGUUUGUUCCUGUAGACAGAUGUUCAAUCUCCAUUUCAGUUUGUUACAAGGAUGUACCUGUCUACGGAUUCGCGAGUUUAUUUGUGUUUAAAUUGUUGGGUGGAAAGUUUCGAUCAGUCUUACCAAGCAACUUGAUUUAUCCAGGGGCGUUUGCUAAAGGUUGCUUUCCGGCCAAAGGACAGAAUUAUGCCUCAAACGCUGUGAAGCAGAAACUUACAUUGCUUGGGAAAAAAUAUGGUUGCCAUUCUUGUGGAAAACGGUGGAGUACAUCUUUUGUAGGAGAUCAUAUGCCUCCAAAUAAACUGGUUAGAAAAGGACAACAGCAACAGUUUUAUCCACAAUGCACAAGCUGCUCUAAUUCACAAGGUGCAGCGUUAUCUUCAAUGUCAAGAAAGCUACGUGUCAAGACCCAUGGCUCUUCCUUAAGACUCUAUCACUUGUGGUUACCAUUACCCAUUCCAUUGGCGCUGUUAAGGAAUUAUGUCACUGUCAAGUUGGAUCUACAAGACUCCAACACAGGGUGUGAUAAACAGUCUGAAGAUGGGCAAAGCCCAGAUGAAUAUUUAUAUAAACUUGUGACGAAGACAAUGUUGUUUUUAAAACUAAGCGAUAAAGGUGACAAUGGAGAUGACGAUUAGCCCCAGAGAUGUUUACA